AUGGGACUUGGCAAAGACAAGAUCAGGGGCACAUACAAGCCGAUAUGGUUAUGUAAUUCAUCUGAAUUUGGCCUAGACAACGCUACUACGUGUGAAGUUUUCGAUUUUAGCACCAAUGCUUGGAGGUACGUUCUCCCUGCUUCUCCUUGUCGGAUUCUUGAUGAGCAGAAGCCUGUGUAUUUAGAUGGGUCACUUUAUGGGUUAACCGAGGGCGAAGAAACCAAGGUGUUAUCUUUCGAUCUUCACACCGAAACUUGA